UCUUUCGGUGCUCAGUUGGGAAAAUAUUGUGGUCGUAGUUACAUCACCAGGGUAGUCGUCAGUUCCAGAAACUACAUGACCAUUACCUUCCACACCGACGACUCUGACACAGCACUAGGAUUUAAUCUGAAAUACAAAGCCGGAACUUUCUUAACAACUACUACAGAAAUAUCAAAUGGGCUUAAUUGUGGCAGUUCUUUGCUCAGCGCCUCUACGUCCACCUGGAGAUAUUUGUCGUCUCCUGGCUACCCCAGCUAUAACAACAACAUGGACUGCAAGUGGAAAAUUUCUGCACCUGAUGGAUAUAAAAUAAAAGUUGAAAUUAUAGUGCUUUCUGUGGAAUAUGGAGCCACCUGUGCAUUCGACUAUCUCCUCUUCAGUGACGGCUCAUCGUCUUUCGCUACUCAGUUGGGUAAAUACUGUGAUGGCCCCAGGAACGUGGUCAGCUCCAGUUACGCCAUGACCAUCACCUUCCACACUGACGGCUCUAGAACGGACAGAGGAUUUUCUUUAAAAUACAUGGCGAGGACGUCAGGUGUGAAUGGGCUUAAGUGUGGACGUUCUUUGCUCAACGCCUCUACGUCCACCUGGAGACAUUUGUCGUCUCCGGGCUUCCCCAACUACAACAAAGUACACCACAUCAUUCUUUGUAUGGACUACAAGUGGACAAUUUCUGCACCUGCUGGAUAUAAAAUAAAAGCCGACAUUAAAGUUCUUUCUUUGGAAUAUGAAGCCACCUGUGCAAGAGACUAUCUCCUCUUCAGUGACGGCUCCUCGUCUUACGGCACUAAGCUGGGUAAAUACUGUAAUGGCACCAGGGACGUGGUCAGCUCCAGUAACGCCAUGACUAUCACCUUCCACACUGACGGCUCUGUGACAGGAAGAGGAUUUUCUUUGAUAUACAUGGCCCGGAUGUCAGGUUGUGGCACAGACGAAGAGAUGAACGAAUAUGAAACGAAAUAUAUUGAUUCACCCAAUUACCCUCUGCAUUAUCCCAACAAUGCAGACUGUUCAUGGACAAUCAGCACUGAUGUCAAAGGAUAUGUAAUCCAUGUUAAAGCGGUACAUUUCUACCUUGAGCGAGACAGCCCGUGUUCCUAUGAUUAUGUGCAGCUCUAUGACGUCACUGGAACAUAUGAAUACUCGCUUGGUCGAUGGUGUGGAUCGAAUGGACCAGAUACACAGAGUACAGGGAUGAGUAUGAAGGUUCGAUUCCACUCCGAUAUUUCGAGCACCUUCGAUUUCACAGGUUUCAGGUUGGCCUUCACUGCCGGCGAGCCAACAUCUUCCGCGUCUUUUACACCGAACGUUGGAGGCAUAAUUGGAGGGGUAUUCGGCGGCAUUGUGGGCGUGGCAUUUGUAACGUGUUGCUGCUGUGGAAUUUGUCCCAUGAAAAAAUCCACAACCAAUGACCAGUCGCAAGGGAACAGAUCACGUGAAGCCAACCUGAACACAGUCUACACUGUGUCAGUCUACAACUACCCACCAACUACGGCAACUACCCAACAUGACAUGAAUACUCCACCUCCAGCUUACAGUGAAGUCGUGAAGGAUGACCCUCCACCGUACUGCCAGGUAGUUCAACUAUCAUAUAUACAACCUGUUGUGACGUCAUCCCCUAACUGCGCAUAUCAAGUGAUAGAUAACCCAGCAGGCCCUAGUUGAGUGACAGUUGCACAUGAUGUACACGUUUUGUAUUGCUGGAGUAAA